AAGUCUGAAAAUGUGUCCUGAUGUUUGUGUUCUUAUCAGAUGGAUGAGCGAGUUUGAUUGAAGCAUUUGUCAUGUAAAUGCGAGCCGUUUGAUGGACGAGCCUGCAGACUUGACAGAGUGCUGUAGGUCCUUCGCCAUUGGCGUUUCGCGGGUCACAUGGUGUGUCAGGAAGGUGAUAUGAGGGUGGAAGGCACUUUUACAGCUUUGACAUACUACCUAGAAGGUUAGGGCAAAGAGAGCAGCGAUUAAUGACUGCUCAGUCUUGAUCGGUUGUGAGCAAACAAAAGGCCAAAGCAGAGACCAAGAUGAACUCCUACUUAGACUACCCCGUGUGUAACAGGGGGACGAAUAUUUUCAGUGCCAAGGCUGGAUAUCACAAUUUAAACCAUGGAUACAUGUCGUCCAGCUCGUGCGCAACAAGUGAUAGUUACGCACCGGACGGCCAGUUACUUCCUUCUCCUUCUGCGCCACACCAGCUCCCGAGCCUCCCUCUGCACCACCAAGCAGCACACGUCAACCUGGAUCUGCAGUUCGUCACCCCUCCGGGAAAUACCAUGUAUGGGUCACCUCUGGAGUACGGACAUCACCAGUACGGCCUCGCGCCCGAGCAGGACCGGAGUUUCAUCCACUCGCAGGUUUCACCCCGCGGAACCAACAUGGCUCCUUACACCGGGGACAGUUGUGGGUCUGGUGUUGUAACAGGCGGCCAGUAUCUACAUUUUGGAAACGGGGAUCAGAGACAGCAAGAGUAUCCAGAGAGUGUUUACACAAGGUUACCGAGCCAAAGCAGGGAGAAGGAUUUGGAGCAUGUGGAGGAGGCUUCUAAAACAUUCGACUGGAUGAAAGUGAAAAGGAAUCCACCUAAAACAGCUGUACUGUCGGAGUUCGGAGUUCCCGGCCAGCACAACGUGAUCCGUACCAACUUCACCACCAAGCAGCUGACCGAGCUGGAGAAAGAGUUUCACUUCAAUAAAUACCUGACUCGGCCACGAAGGGUUGAGGUUGCCGCCAGUCUGGAGCUCAACGAGACGCAGGUGAAAAUCUGGUUUCAGAACCGCAGGAUGAAGCAGAAGAAACGCGAGAAGCUGGGCUGCGUUUUGGUCAGCAAUGCCGCACCUGUAGAGAAACUUUCUGGCACUGACACCUCUCCAAAGGGGAAAGGGAAAGACAGUAAACCAUGAUGUGACUUUUAAAAAGAACUAUAUGAUUGUAAGGGCCUGACGAGUUCUCCACUUCUUUCCUUCAGUCACACCAUUCCAGAAAAACUGUGAAAAAUGCACGUGGACUUUGUGAGGUUUACAGGGUAUGUGUCUAGUGCAAUGAUUAAUGCUGAAUUGGAUUAUGAGAAACUUUAAAAAAUGUAUUUUCAUCCACUUUUGUAUUUUACGCCUUCUUAUAAUAAGCCCAUGCUGUUUUGUGUUGGAGCACUGAACUAUUCAGUGUCAUUGUUUGCACUAUUUAUUUACAGGUUAUUUUUCCAACAAAUGAUUUAGCUUAAUAAAGUUUAUGAAACAAAAACAAAAAUUGUUUAAGUAGCUUAUUAUGUAAAAAGAAAUGCUGGUUAGUGUAUUCAAACUUUUAAUUUUGAUACCGAAU